GAUCUCCGGACUGUCUUCGUCCUCCCCUUCGCUUGUGACUCUUGUCCCCCCUUCACCUCUUGUCCCUCCCUCACGUCCCCGGUGUCCUACCUCGCAUCGCAUCGCAUCGCAUCGCAUCGCAUCCCACGUUUCCCUUCGUCCAUCCCUCGCCACCCCGUUUUCUUUCCGACUGAUCCAGAAUUCGUCCCUGGUUCAGUCGCCUCCAUCAUCCCAGUUACCCCGCGAGACUCUUUUAUGCAAUCCGAGCCUACUGCAGUUUUCGACCGCUCGCCUUUGCUAGACCCGCCGUCAGAAGUGUUCCUUGAUUCUACCCAGCAUGGAAAUGAUUCGCAUGGUGAGCACCGAGUCUCUGGGCUUCGGUAUCAGGAGCCCGGGGACUCUAGUGGCGGUUUUGACUCAUCCGCGGUCGGCCAGCACUCGCCCUUGAAGGCCACGGACCCUGCGCCGGUGGUCGACCCCGUUAGUCAAUAUGAGAAUGCGAUCGCUCAAUCCGCACGAAAAGAGGAGGAAGUUAAAUUCAGGGUGAAGCCGUCACCCAUCUAUCUGGGCGUGUCCCUAGAUGCUUUCCCGAAUGAGGUGCUGACGCACAUCCUUUCGCAUCUACCCCCGCCUUCGCUGUCGUCGACGGCCUUGGUGUCUCGUCGGUUUCACAGUCUGGUCACUACGCCCCAUGCGUGGAGAAUUGCCUUCUCGCGCUACUUCCCCGGCCCCUAUACAGUGGAGGAUGGCGCAUGGCUCUCUGCAGCAAACCCGGCGGAAAGAGUGACAUCCGACAAGCGGUAUUUCUCUAGGCUGACUGCGCUGGCUUCCUGGAGAAGUGAAUACAUCCUGAGAACCCGCUUGCUGAGAUCACUCUCAAGAGGCAAGCCGGCGGACUUCGAGCCUUCCAAGAAAACCGGUACGGUGCGAUCAGCUAGCGUCCGUAAUGGCAGUGCGGUAGUCACCUAUACUUCCCAGCUUCUGUAUCCUGUCAGCCACCUACACGGGUCGUUCGGAACAGAAGUCACGAAGAAGGAGCCUCUUUUCAUCCAUGGCGCUUCCGAGCAAGGGUUUGCGUCGGCUAGCGACCCCUCAUCGGUCAAGGUUGGUACAUGGGGACUGUCUGACCACCAGUUCUUCCGACACUUUUCAGACUUGUUCCCUGGAGAUGCUGAGUAUGGCUUGGGCUCCGGUGAACAUGUUGGUGCUCCCAAUCGCAUGGAUGUCAGCCAGCCUUAUGGUAUGAUCUAUGGCGAGGCUUGCCCUCAGGGGCGUAGCUAUUUCAUCUCGACUACUGAACAACGCGGGAGAUUUCUAGGCGUCGCGGAUUCCAGUUCCCAGCCUCGUCUGGGUAUCCCUGCGCUCAACAUGAUCGCAACCGGUGUCACCGCGGUAUGGAUCGCCAAAUCCUCCAAUAUUCUCAAGAUGACUGGCGGUCUGAUCGCAAUGUUGUCUGGCUCUUCUACUGGAGUUCUCACAGCAUAUGCCCUCGGCCCUCAUCCUACCUAUGAAAAACGGUACGAGAGAGGCCAAGUGACUGCGAAAUGGGUCCUGUGUCCAGGCGUCCCCAUCAUCGCCAUUGCGGUCGAUGAUAGCUACUCCCCCAAACGUCAUUCCCGGCGGCGAAUCUGGGCGACAGUCCUAAAUACUUUGGGAGAGGUCUUCUACUUAUCUGAUAUCCCACGGCAGCCUGAUGUGCCUUCCACUAAAUUGACUGCCGAGGAGUAUGAGCAGCUGGCGUGGAAGGCAGGCAGGAGUGUCCGUUGGGAGCUUGUCGAGUUGAGCAGACGGAUGGCGCGACCGGAUCCGUUCAACCGUGACCUUGUCGAUGGCAGCUACAGCCCUCGAUCGUCAUCGGAUGCAAUGAAACUUAACGAGGACCAGAUAGCCGCAGAGACAAAGGAGAUCGAGCGAUUCCUAUCUUUCAAGCCGAAGCAUUUUAAAAAGGUUUGUGAGGGCUGGGAUAUGCGGCGCGAACUGAAAGUCGACUUUGCUGGAGACGAUGGUCUUGGAGCCGGCGAGGCAGUCCUUGUGGUUUCCCGGGGCAUGGGGGAUGAUGACAAGGCUUCGAUCCGAAGGUACACGAGGACGUUGUCGAAGCAUGAUCCGGCGACGGCUAAUCAUGGUUACGCUGAUAACAUGCCUGUACCUUCUAUUUUCGGUGGACCUGUCAAGUUUCCUCUCCUGCCCUCGGUGAGCAGCUCAAGCAGUGUGCCUUCAUCCCGCGCUUCCAGCCGCGUCAGUGAGACUGUCUGUUCAAUCACCAACACCGAAUGGCGCAUCACUGAUUUCGACUUCGGUGACCGGAAAUCGGUCCAGAUUACUGCCAGCGCACUAGACCUCUCGACCUAUGCUCUAUUGACAACUGAUGAGGAUCCUCUCAUCGGCAUGUCAGGUAGUUCUGCCCUCUCUUCGGAAAUGUCUUCCCCGCUCCCACAUAUGAAGCAACCCCCUGGUAAUGCAGAAGUCCCUGGUCAGCGGGGACGUUACAUGGCCGUGGGCACCGCUGCGGGAAUGGUUUUAGUUUGGGACAUCCGUUCGCCAACGUCCAAGAAUCCUGAAGUCAUCAAUUCUGUUUCGCCUGUUCGAAUCAUUCAGACGGAAUCGCCUCAGGUCUCUUGCGUGGCUUUGACGUCGCUGUACGUAGUUCAUGGUGGAAACGAUGGACUUGUCCAGGCUUGGGAUCCUCUCGCCUCCUCGACCCGACCGAUCCGGACCAUCAAUUCGCGCUUCUCGACUCGCGCCCGCCGUCGGCUUGUUCAAGCUGAAGCUUCCGUUCAUGGUAUCGGUAAUAACUACUAUGCCACGGGCGCUGUCUGCCUUGACCCGGAUCCGACCGUCCUACGAGGAAUGGUCGCUUUGGGAACGCACUUACGUUACUGGUCCUACAGCUCCUCCGCCGCUGAUCAAUACAAAUCUAGCAAGCGCCGGCUUCGUCGCGGCCCCCGAGGCAGCAACGCUACCCCCGAGGGCCAACGAUUCAGCACUAGCGGCCGCGGCGCACUAAAAGACUUCAUCGAGGACGAGAAGAUCGAAAUGGACCGCCAGAAAGUUGCCGACGCGAAGGAGCGCGCCCAUCUUAGCCACCGCUUUGGCGUCGAUCUCCUAGGCCCAGACAUUGACGAAGACCAGCUUCUCGCGUACGCGCAACUCCUAAGCGAAGAGGCUUACUCCAGCGAAGCAGUGAAGCGCAGCGAAGUAGUCGAGUGCUCAGUAAUGAGCACCUCGCCCAGCGACACCAUCGGCCCGAACGACAGCUCCGUCGCACCAGAUGAGCUAUCUUCUGCAUCAUCUCCCUACGAAGACUUCGCAGACGACGACCUCGAGCCAGAUAUCGCCGAGGCCAUCCGUCUUAGUCUGCUCAACGAGAAACCCACCGCUGCCUCGGGCACCGGUUCCUUCGACCCGCCAUCCCCAUCCGGCCCAGCCGUUGCGGAAAGCAGUCGACAGCAAGAGGUCGAUGAUCUCGAGUUCGCAAUCCAGCUCAGCCUCGCCGAGGCAAAGAGUCAGAAUCAGUCGGUCGAACCCACAGAGGAGUUCCCAGCGCUCUCAGAACGGUCCCGGUCUCCAGCGAAAGAAGAUAAGGGCAAGGGUAGAGCUUUGUGAAUGAUAGACUCUGUGAUUUUGUUGAUACUAUGUUUUUGUAUUGUACUGUGGUUUUAAAUUUAAUGUAUUUUCACGUCGAUACUAGUAUUUGGUCACGUAUUGUAUGGAAUGCGCUGUGUCAGCCAUUUGUUGGCUAUCUUGAUGUGAAAUAUGCCCAGUGUUUUAUGUUGCACGAAACUUGCACAUGCCGGGGUGUAGAUUAUAUGACGUCAUUUUGUGAUUGGAUAACAGGGAC